AAUGGAAAAUUUAUGCAAAUUUUUGGAUUCCCACUACUUGAGAUCAUCAAUCACAAUUAGAUAAUCAAGAUUGAGGAUUGGCAGUUUCAAAAAGGUACUAGGACAGUACUUAUAUGAAAUGGGCGAUCGAUAAUUAACCUAAGACUGUUUGUUUGUUUGUUCGCUUAACAAUAGUAAGUUUCUCUCUCGUCAAUGUCAAUGCAUGUGAAAUGUCAAAAUAAAUGAACAACCGUGGGGGACAAUAACAAAUAACAUACGAGAGCUGUGUGUGUGGUGUGGCCUUCAGAAAACCGAAGCCGAUGGCAGUGUUAAGAAAGCGAUGAAGAUAAUCGGACGGAAGAACGCGGAUGAUUAAAAUGGAUUCGGGCCUUGGAAGUGAUGAGGAGCAAAGGAGAAGUCGCACCAAGGAGCAGAAGGAGAGGCACAAUGAGCAACUACUGAAUGGGGCCCACUGUUUCAUUGAUGCAUCUAGUCUGCAGGAUGAGGAAGAAGUCAUGGAUGAUCAAAAGAAGAACGACGAACGAAGACAGGGCUCCCUCUUAUUUCAAACCUCCAUGCCACAGUACAGCAGGAUGCUGCAGCUACCCUCUGAAGACACUCCAACAGACACUCCAUUCAACUCAAUUGUAAACUUUGAAGAAGAGAAACUAGAUUCAGCCUCAAAACCAUCUUUGGGUUUUUAUGUGGAUCUCAGUCAAGUUGGAGAGGAGGAAUCCAAUGAGACUGUUUCAAACACUUCAGAUUUUACCACAAAAAAUAUCUUCUCCAUGGUAAUUGACUUUGAAGCCCCCAAGAAGAAAGGAGUGCCAAGUAGAUUACUGAACCAUAGAAGACGUGCCUCCAACAGACAAGUUAUGAGAGUAAAGAAUGCUGAUGAUACAGGUUCUGAGAAUGGCAGUGAUAUUGGUGAGGUUGAUUUGGAAAGUUUAAAUUCUACAGCAGCUAAUGCAGAUCCACCAAAAGCAGCAGCUGAACCUGCAGAAGAAACAACUACCAAGUUUGUUCGACUAUCUGAUUUGAUGACAGCUAAACCAAAAGUAGAAGCUGAGGUUCCCCAGAGCUGCAGUGAAUAUGUGCCAAGAAUGAGUAAAUCCAUUCCAGAGAGUUCUUGGGUGGAAAGUCCUUUGCUUAUGUCAAGAUCAGGGGGUUACAGAGUUGCACCAAGACCACUUGAACCUGAUAAUACCAGCUCUUUGGUUGAAAGCACAGGCUCGCAAACAUCCACAUGUCAGAGAAGGCUGGGAACCGAUCUGCUGCGAAUGUUUCUGGAGGAAACGGAUACUGACACCGUGUUGCACGUGGGCAGUCCUCCAAGGGUGAUCCGUGCACAUCGAUGCAUACUAAUUUCACGUUGCCAAUAUUUCGCUGGCACUUUGAGGGGCCGCUCCUUGACCAUCGAGGGAUUUAGCUAUGACGCUGUGCAUUUCGCUCUCUGCCACAUUUAUAGUGGAGCAAGCCACGUGCCGGAUUCCAUAAGCCUGGUCGAACUCGCCUCUUUGGCUGAUAUGCUGAGUCUGGAAGGUCUUAAGGAGGUAGUGGCGCAUGCUUUAAAAUCCCGGCACUGCCAUCAGUUUCACUCGCCAUGUCCUGGUUGCCUAACUGGAGUCUUAGAGGUGUUGCCGUUGUCUGCAGCUUAUGGCCUAGACGAGCUCUACUUAAAAUGUUUGAAAUGGAUAACGUUGCAUUACUUAAAAAUAUGGCCAAAUCGUGCUUUCGCUCAAUUACCUAAGGAAUUGAAGGAAAAAUGCUAUCAGCAGCACGUAAUUUACUUAACAUGCGAUAAUGUACUUACUACACACCUGUCGUGUGAUAGACUGUUAACGUCGUUGCCCACGUUAAAGUGGGCAGAGUCCGUCAUCCAAUUGGGCCUUCAAUUGGCCCAGCAGUGCAAGUUGUUCAUAAGCCAACAUUAUGUUGGUGUAAUGGUCACGUUGCUGGAUGUUGACUUUGUUAGUAUUGGAACAGUAGAAGAAAUUAUGCUGAGUUCAGCAGAAGGAUUAAACUUAGAGCAGGAGUGCAAUAUAUUUAUUAGAACUCACAAUAUGAUCAACAAGUACAAGGACUCUGCAUCAGACUUAGUAUUAGACUUAAUCGGACGGUUGCAUGCACACUUUGAGAAGCGGUUGCUGCUGAAACCGCACAAGCUUAACAAAUGUCCAUCAUGGAGUAAAAUGGACCCUAGCUUAAAGAAUCACGUGAGGAAAUUGGCCAAACUGGACGAGACUCCGAAAGUUAACAAAAGAAACGAACCGAGCCGAUUGCCUCGAAUGGUUUCAAGUAAGACGACCAGUUCAUCAGAUUCGUCACGUAAUUCCAGUCCAGCUACGAGCCAAGCUCAUCCGAGUCCAUCCCUAAGGAGGAGUUUGCUCUUAGCGGCGAAAGCUCCUCAAGUCCCACCGAGUCCAUCUACCACCCGUAGAAUUAGCACCCUAACCCUUCCGACGCAGGCGAGCUCCGCCAAGGCGUCCGCUCCCCGUCACAUAAAGCAACCCAUAUCUGCAUCUACGUCCAACCUAACAAAUCGCAACCGUUCCGCUUCUGUUGCUCCAAAGCCGAAGCCCAUUGCAAAAUCUACGAGCAACAUCAAAAAGGAGGCCAAAAAAGAGCAGCCGCUGAACAAGCGUAAUGCCGUUAGCGCGACGAACGUAAGGAAAAUAGAGAAACCAUCCACUAGGACUCAGAAGAAGCAACAGCAGCAGCAGCAGGAGGAUCAAAAACAGAAAUCGGCGAUGGCGGCGUCCGCUGGUGGCAUGCAACGCUCCAGCACGUUUUUGAAGGAUGAACCCACCGUUCUGAAGCUAGCCUAAGUUCAUUAAUAUCUAGUCACGCUUCCAAAACUCAAGCUAGUCAUAGACUAAAUUUGAUCUCUAUUUCUAUCUUAUGUCUGUUUUCUACCUUAUUUCUGAUAUUAACUGUGCGAGUACAUUCCCAGAAGAAACAAAAUUGUGAUAUUAUUUUAUUUUAGAUUAAGAUUUUUAAAAUAAUUUAAAAUUUUAA